UUGAGAAUAAGAAAAGGAACUAGAUUUAGGUUUUGAUUUUAGUUUUAGGUUUUUGUUUUAAGUGGAAUGUAAUUUAGACAUUUGCUACUGUAUCAAGCCACUCCAUAACCAAUUUUUCAGUCACUAACAAUGUAUGUGAAGCCCCGGCUUCUGCACAAAGGUCUUAUUCACUCUUUCGCCCAGGCAAGCAAAAGCACUGAAGAAGCUGAACGUGUUUUCAAAUGUUCCUUUACUUCAAACAAAUCUCCUCAAAGAGAAGAAACAACCAUUUCCUUCUUCUUCAACACUCAUUUCACCACUCUAAAUCCCCAGUAAACCCUCCACAACCACAACCAUUACAAGAAGAAUCAGUAAUAGCUAAUCUAAUCAUACAAAACUCAACAAACACCCUAACCCAAGCCCUAGAAAAUUGCUCAAUUUCAUGGUCACCUGAAUUAGUCAACCGAGUUCUCAAACGUUUAUGGAACGAUGGACCAAAAGCCCUAGCUUUUUUCCAAUCCUUAGAAAAUCAUCAAACAUACAAACAUUCAUCAUCUUCAUAUGAUCAUGCAAUUGAUAUUGCUGGUAGAUUAAAAGAUUACAGAACAUUAUGGACUCUUGUUUCUCGAAUGCGUGCCCGACGCAUCGGUCCUACACCCAAAACGUUUGCUAUUAUUACUGAGAGAUAUGUUUCAGCUGGUAAACCUGAUAAAGCUGUGAAAAUUUUCUUAUCAAUGCAUGAAUAUGGAUGUCCUCAGGAUUUGCAUUCAUUCAACACAAUUCUUGACAUUCUCUGUAAGUCGAAAAGGAUUGAGAUGGCUUAUCAUUUGUUCAGAUCUUUUAAGUUUAAAUUUAGAGCUGAUGUUAUUAGUUAUAAUAUAAUUGCUAAUGGUUGGUGUUUAAUAAAGAAGACUUCAAAGGCUUUGGAGAUUUUAAAGGAAAUGGUUGAAAGAGGAUUGGAACCGAGUUUGUCUACUUAUAAUGUUUUACUUAAAGGUUAUUUCAGAGCUGGACAGAUUAAACAAGCUUGGGAUUUUUUUAAGGAAAUGAAGAGAAGGGGGUGUGAGAUUGAUGUUGUUACUUAUACUACUGUUAUUCAUGGAUUUGGGAUUGUGGGGGAAAUUGGUAAAGCUAGGAAGGUGUUUGAUGAAAUGAAUAGACGAGGUUGUCUUCCUACAGUUGAGACUUAUAAUGCUUUCAUUCAGGUUUUGUGUAAGAAGGAUAAUGUGGAGAAUGCCAUUGUGAUUUUUGAUGAGAUGGUGAGCAAAGGGUAUGUACCGAAUCAGUCGACUUAUAACGUGGUGAUCAGAGGGUUGUGUCAUGCUGGGAAAAUGGAAAGAGCAAUGGAGUAUAUGGGGAGAAUGAAAGAGGAUGAGUGUGAGCCGAAUGUGCAGACAUUUAAUGUGGUUAUUCGGUAUUAUUGUGAUACUGGGGAGCUUGAGAAAGCAUUUGAGGUUUUUGAUAAGAUGGAUGGUGGAACCUAUUUGCCUAAUGUAGAUACUUAUAAUGUUUUAAUAGGAGCGAUGUUUGUGAGGAAGAAGCCGGAUGAUAUGGUAAUAGCAGGGAAUUUAUUAGUGGAGAUGGUGGAGAAAGGGUUUAUGCCUCGAAGGUUUACCUUUAACAGGGUCUUGAAUGGACUUACGGUGAUUGGGAAUCACGAGUUAGCAAAAGAAAUUUUGAGAGUGCAGAGCAGUUCUGGUCGACUUCCUCGUGCAUUUAAGAUGUGAAUUGGCCAAUAUGGAACCCAAUUCACCAAGCCUUCAAACUGGUUGUUGUGUGUAAAUGCAUGAAAUCCCUCUUGUCCCAUCUGUAACAUAGCUAGCAUACAGGAGUUAAAAAAAAUAAUAUAAGAAUCGGUUUCAUGGCGUUCAACGUGUUCACUAUAUCAAA